CACCAGGCGGAAGUAGUAUUGUUGUCAGCGGAAGUGGUGCUGUUGUCAGCUGGUGGUGUUAUUAUAAUCCAGCAGUCACUUCUUCGGCCUGCUUGCUUUUAUUUUAUUUCUUAUCUUCGGAAAACAUGAAGAAGUUGUUGGACGGCAUCAAGAAGGACUUGACUUUUAAAUCUGCGGGUCCUGGGAAGAAGCUAACUGACGACAGGAGUGGUGCAGCUGACAGAGGCCAAAGGAGCUCGGCUGCCAAGCAGCGUGAAGAACCCAGCGAGGGAUCCCAGCGAGCAGGAGCAGCGGCUCUGGCCAGGAUUGAACAGCAGCAGCGGCCCAAAGUUCUCACCUCCCAGGACGCCAUCAGGAACCAGGUGAAAAGAGAGCUGGAGGCUGAAGCUGCUGCACUGGCAGAAAAAGACAAGGCAGACACUGCAGAGGGAACCAACCUGGCCCCAAAAGUGCAUCCCUGUUUGUCGGUGUCAGGUGUGUACUUCACCUGCCCGCUGACAGGAGCCACGCUCACCAGGGCGCAGAGGGAAGGCCACAUUAAGGAGGCCAUCUUAAAGCGCUUUGAAGAGGAUGCAGUGGAAGCGUCUGUGAUGAUGAUCCACACUUUUAACAAAGACAAAGAAAAAGUCAAGGCUGCUGUGGACAUCAUAAGCAAGUAUGUGGAAAACAUUUGUAAGAAUCCUUCCGAAGACAAAUACAGGAAGCUGAAAGUCAGCAACAAAGUCUUUCAGGACAAGGUCGGGGCUGUAGAGGGCAGCAGAGAGUUCCUGCAGGCGCUGGGCUUCACCAGCCACAUGCUUCCUGUCGAAGAGGCGGAACAAGAGUUCCUGCUGUUGCCGGAGCAGAGCGCAGACGCCCUGGAACUGAUGAAGGAACGGCGAGAUCGUCUCCAGCGCGGCCAGCCGCUCCGAGCCCAGCUGGACCGCCGGCCUCAAGCUUUCCGAGCGUCAGACCACGCCACGCGCUUCCAGCUGCCGCCAGACUUCUACAACCUGAGCGCCGAGGAGCUGAAGAAGGAGCAGCAGCACAGGAGCGAUCUGGUGGAGAAGAACUCCAUGCUGCGCACCAAAGCCAUGAGAGAACGGGACGAGCAGCGAGAGAGGAGGAAGUACAACUACGCUCUGCUGCGAGUUCGACUUCCUGAUGGAACACUGCUGCAGGGGACCUUCUACGCCUGGGAGCGACUCCCUGCGCUGUACGACUUCGUGCGAGACUCCCUGCGGGACGGCUGGCAGCCCUUUGAUCUCCUGGCUCCAGGAGGCGUCAAACUGCAGGAGUCGGAAGACGUCGCUCUCGCCGAGUGUAACCUGGUUCCUGCAGCCUUGUUGUCGUUGGCGUUUGACGCGGCCGUGCAGGCGGACAUCGCAGCCGUGCAGCAGGCCGACGUCGCAGCCGCAGGAGGAAGAACUAUCCUAAAAGACCAACUCGUGGAAAGCAUUCAGACACUAACCUGAGGAUCCCGUCUUCAUCUCUGGAACUACUUUCCUAUCGUCGUUUAUGAACGCUAAUGUCUGCUAGCAUCACACCCGUCUAGGCGGUAUAUUGAACGUGAGUGAGUCCAUGUUUUACAUGCACUAAUAGUUGCAACAAUGACUUCAACACUACACACACCUGACCAGGUAGAAAGAAAGAAAGGAGGGACAAGUGGAACGCCUUUUUCCCGCCAUGUCGUGCUGCUGGAAGCAACUUGCUGUCACACAUGUUGUCAUAAAUACUGUAACAAAUAUUGUAAUAAAUACUAUAAUAAAUAUUGUCAUACAUACUAUAA